AUGGAGAACGUGCCAGAAAUGCCUCCUCCUAAAAGCCCAAUUCAAUCAUCAGAGAUGAUGAACUUCUCCGAGUGCAUAACACCACCACCACCUCCACUCCAACACAAGGAUGAAAAUUCUCAAAACUCCGGCAACGAUUUACGCAAACCCACCACCCCAGAUCGCCUUAAAGUCCCCAAGGCAUUCAAGUACCCAGAAAGGUACACAAGCCCAACUGAUUUGAUGAUGUCCCCUGUAACAAAAGGCCUUCUUGCCAGAAACAGAAAGGGUGGUGCCCUCUUGCCACCUAGCAAAAAUCUACUCAAGCCCCAAGAUUCAGGAUUUGCAGCUGUGGGAUGUGGUCCUGCUUCAGAAUUGAAUUUUGGGUCCAAUAAAUGA